AUGCGUGGCCGGUGCAAUCCACCGCCUUGGGCUCCGUGGUUCGGUGGUGGACCUGACGUGACAUCAAGCGAAAUGCCUGGGUCCAGCUCUGGUCCAGGUCGGCGUGCGCCUGUGAGAGAGGCAGCGCCGCUUCUUCGUCGGAGUAGAACGACGGAAUCUUUCGUGCAUCCGAUGAGCUCCCUGUUGCCACCGUCCCCACCGCCAUCCCCACCACCUAUGUAUCGUUUCAAUCCCAUUCAUGUGCACCAUGGCGCUGUCUCCCGUGGAGUUGAUUCAGUACAGGAUACCAAUGAUGACGACCAUGUUCAAUACGACAUGGGUCGUGGUAGUGACGACUAUGUCCUUGACGAGGGCGGUGAACGUCAUUCUGAAAGGCAUUGCAGUCGCUGUCGAGAUCAUCAUUCGUCCAUGACUUCAAACGCGGCUUUGGCCCCUCUAAUAUCCCCAACAGCAUUUAUUCGUACAUCGCUCCAGCUCGCUUCGCGGUUUGAUGUGCCUGGGACGCCAGAUAUGAGCCCUGCAAACAUGGAUGUGCGGCAUCAACCCACGGCAAUGGCAGAGGCAUUUCUCCGACGUAUAUUUGUGAAUUGGAAUGCGUCAGGUGCGUAUAAAGCAGAAGAUGCGGGCAUUGAGCUACUAUGUCCCGGCUGGACCGGCGCGGUAGUCCAAAAAAACACCUGCACCACGCGCUCAGCUCAGCUCCGGUCACUAUAUGUCCACAUGCCUCGUUCAUUCGAUCGAUCCACGCUUCGCGAUCACAUGCUACGUAUUCUAGACGCCGCGUCAGACAGUGUGUGCGCGUCACGCGUGGUCUUUUGUCUUGAGCGUGAUAUCCCUGAUCUGUCAUCGCUCCUCCAUGGCUUGUGUUAUGUUGGCGGGCAGCUCAGUUCACUUCAGGGCCAACGGGAUGAAUGGAUGCAAGCUACACCGCUUGCAUCAUUAGUACUUGUGGCCGUGACAUUAUAA